AUGCGGAACAGGUAUGAAAAGCAAAAAAAUUAUACUGACGACAACGAAAUAGAACGCCUAUCUUCAUCUCCACCUCCUGCAGCACCAUCUUCGUCUUCAUCUUCAGACGUAGCUGGAGGUGCCUAUUUACCGUUGCCAUUCGCUUUGGUGUGGGAGGACAAGGCAGAUUUUUUGCGGUUGGUCCAUCGUGUGGAAGAGUCCCUUCGUCCUCCGCUUGAUUUGCAUGACAGCCACAUCGAUCGGGAACGCGAGAAUGUGGAAACGACAUCGACGAAGACGAAAAUCACAAACAUCGGUGGAAAAAACUCAGGAAUUCAACCGUUCUGGCACACCAGUUUCAUACAGUAUCGUGGUUUAGCGCGUUCUCGUUUGGAACCUGACGUUUUCGUCGGCAGUGGCGAGUUUCAAGUACAAGUCAACCAAGUGGACAGACAACCACAUCCACAACCACAAGACGAAAUAGCAGCGAAAUCUACCUCAAGGACCUCAUCCUCAGCCACCUCCUCAUCAAAUAGACGUAUUGCGUGGCCAGUGGGAUAUGCUACACACUACAUUGGGAAGUGGAACGUAAUGCCGACGAAAAGAUUUUUUGAUUUCAUCUGCCAUGAAGGAGAACGAUUAGCAGACAACGACGCCAAAGCCAAUGAAGAACGUCGAUCAUCUGUCGAAAACCACAGUGACGAGAGAGAUGUCGCGUCUCAAAACGGAGACAAUGGGAACAAUCCCCAAUCGCCUGAUGCUCGGCAGAGUCCACGCGAAGCGGUUGAAAAGGUGCGUCCUCCACCUGAAUUUUCGCCACCGGUUCCGCUUAACCGGGGCUGGCGCGGAGCGGAAGGCUACUGGGACCAACUUGGCUCGUGAGGGCGCAGGGAGUGGGAGACGACAGCGAGCUCCCCUCUACACAUGCUUUCGAGGAAGUGUCGCUUUUAUUAAGGCCUACCCCGAAUCAUCUGACCUAGGUGCGUGGUAAGAAGCGUUUUUGUCGGAUUUUUCAACGGAAAGAGACUGCAAAGAUGCCUUUCAAGAUGAAUAUAGGCCGCAAGGUCUAUUCUCAUAUAUUGAUGGCGCUGGACCUGGAGCGCGACGUUUAUCAGAAUUUCACUCAUGUGGCAUGUUGAUGUUGCAUUUGGGCUGCAGCUUCCUAGGUCCUAAGUUGUUGAGAGAAGUAGGGCAAGUGGAAGGGGGCAUUGGGUAUAGGUUGAGCUUACGGUCGCAAGGAACCGGACUAGAAAGCCUCCCGCCCCUCUAUAUCUACCCCCGUAACCUAUAUUUUUGCACGCUUUUUUAAUACACCCAGAAUCCGCUAAAACUCCCCAAAACAGUAUUGCCCGUCUGGUCUAAUGGCAGGGCACCCGGUUGUUCACGCUCCAUCGUUAGAGGAAUCUCUACUAGGUGGAAGGGAAGGUCACCCAGGGCCGUUGGCUGAAGGGUGCUGGCUGGGGGGUGCGGGUUCGACUCCCGUGGCGGGCGGCCUAUUUGCCCCCAAGAAGCGGGGCCGUUCGCCGUGUUUGAUAGUUCCCUGCAUGGGCGUUACAUCCAUAGAAUCUUGUCUUAUCCUCUUCCAGCAUAUGACGAACGAUCGCUAUUAUAUUCCAUAAGUCGGGCCAACAAUCUAAGCUGGCCAAUUCGUUUCUAAAUCAAAUACAAAUGACAAAUUCAAAAUUAAUAUCGCAAGCCCAAAAAUAACGCCAUGGCCUCGGUCAUGGCCUUGGAACGGUCUCGCUUUACCUGACGAUCUUCAUGACGGAUCCAACAAAACAAAGAUAUUGUUAUUCAAGAACCAGUACCUGUAUCUGAGUAUCAGACGUGCUGCAAUUGCACACGCUUCAAACCACGCAUCAGAAGCC